AUGUUCUAUAGCCAUGAAAUACUGACGUCCCCCGAGCAUGGUGUUGCUACGAUAUGGCUGGUAGCGACUCUAGGCUCAAAGUCUAUCACGCGGAAGUUGAACCGCAAGGCAAUAUUGGAUGUGGACGUUACCAGAGCUUGCGGUGUGAUCAAAGACCCAGAGGCUCCAAUGGCGCUGAGACUCCAGGGGAACCUGUUGUACGGAGUCUCGCGAGUCCACAAUCAACAAUGCGGUUAUACGCUCACCGAUGUCCAGGCUGUACAUGACCGAAUGAGAUCGCUGUUAAGGGUCAUGUCUGGGGGAGGAUUGGAUCCAAGUGCUGGAAAAGCGAGACCAGAACAGCUCAUAUUGCCUUACGAUCCGACCUUUCUGCCAGAGACCAAUCUUCCUGGACUGGGGCUCGACUUGUCCAGCUUGAUACUCUCAGAGAACAAGACAUUGAGUCAGCAGUCUUCCAUGUUACUACCUGCUACACCCGACCUUCAUCAAUCCUCACUUGCCCUGAGCACCAGCCCUCGUCUCAGCUUCUCGUCCAGCGAUAUCGCCAUGCGGGAUUGGGGCCGAUUCGGCUCCGACACAGACGCCACCGGCUUCGUUCAAAGCGGCCAUGGCUUAGUUGGAAUUGCGUCUUCUGCUUUUGAGGAGGGUGGUGUCCUGCUUCAACCGGACUUUGAGUUCGACGAGGAUGGGAAUAUAGUCGAACUUGGACCUCGCCGCGCUUCUGAAAUAACUAGGCACAGAGAAAGUGACACCCCUAUUCCCCGAGAAUAUGAUCAUAACCCGCUGCAUGACUUGUCAACUCAGGCGAUGGCCGUAGACGACGAGAUGGUAAUGGUCGUUCAGGAGCCUAGCGGGUCAUCUCGAGCUCAGUCGUCCACAGACCAACCCGUUGUCCCUGUUCUGGAAGAAAAGGAGGUGGAGACUGAGACUGCCCAGGCUAGUAAUAGGGUAUCUACAGGCCGUGGCAAACGCCAACCUAGACCCAUACUCUCUGACGAACAGAUCGCACUGCGAAAUACAGAGUUGGCAGGCCUUAAUAAUGGCUAUGUAGAGAACAUGGCUGCUGCUGUGAAACAAAAGUCUUAUAGCAAACAGUCAGCACAGGCCAAGAAGAACGCUAUUCUUUGGGUGUAUGGUCUUGGUAUAGGAUCUGUUGGUGCUGGGGUAGGCGCCUCGCAGUACCAGCAUCCUUUGCAAUGCUUCUCAGGAGACGCCUUGUUUGAGGCUCUAAGUGGCAAGACCCAGAGAAAGACACUCAAGCGCAAACAGCCUUUUGAGCUGGAACAUGACUCCGAUUCCGAGGCACGGCGAGUACGUGCAAAGGAGGAGGAAUACGAGGAGGAAAUGGGCCGCGGUGAACAGGUAGAGGACGAGGACUUCUGGCGCGAGAACGUCGAGAUCGGCCGUCAAGCGUCAUCGGUGAUUCACGACGGACACUCCCAAAUGCCGUGGAACGUCACUGCCUCAGUGCAGAGUUCUCGAUUCGGCUCUUCCAUCGCGAAUGCAUUCCGCGGAUUUCGAAGCGCCAGCGACGUAUCGUCCCGACCCAUGCCGCACUCCGUGGGAUCGUUUGGAACAGAUCUAGAUAUUGCUCAGCUGCAAGGCGGAAGAUCACGCAGUCAAGCCAGUACAAGCCCACUCGCCGGGCGCAGCCUUCCUUUCGACAUUGACGCGUUGACCGGCUUGGAUCUCGAAGCCAACGACCUGGCGAAUCUCGAAGACCUUGACCUGGGCGAUUAUCUCCAGACAAAUCACUACUCGGAUCAAAAUGCCGGCGUGGAAGGCGUCCAGGGUCGAAAUCAACUCGAUUCUCAAAAUACACACCUCUCCACACUGGACCAGGAAAGCGUCAACUUCCUCGAAUUCCUCACGGUCAAAAUUGACGGCCAGAUGACAGCAUCCACCCACGGACCCGGUGGUACUGCUUCUUCUGGAGUGAAACAAAUCACCUUUUCUGCGCUCAUCCCUCCAGAGAGUAGCUCUCGUGCUGUAGCGACACAUGGGCUUAUGCAUACACUCACCCUGGCAACCAAGGGCUUCAUAAUUGUUGCACAGGAGCCCUACGAAGAUCAUAGUAGCGAGGAACAUGGAACACGGUACCGCUAUGGGGAGAUUCAUCUCCAGUUGUUGGGAGCGUAG